AGAUUCAGUUGAGCAUAAACAUUUCUACGGUGCGGUGGCUAAUCGAAUAGGUGGCUAAAAAGAAUUAGAUGCGUUUCACCGCGUGCUACUAACGAGACUCAUAAACAAAGAUCAAGUGUUAUAUUGCCAAGUGUCAGCCAAAAGCUAAACAAAACUCAAGUUAUCCAACGUGCAGCAUGCCGUAUGCUGAAACAAGCUAACAACAAAUUGAACAACCUACAAUCGAGCAACAAACAAAUAGGAUCUUCAGGAUUUACCUAUCGCACCCACAUACCUCAGAAACAAAAUAACAAAAACAAUCUACAACAAAAUGUCGAUCAACUACCAAUACCACAACUACAACAGCAGCACGCGCUACGAGAUGGCCGUCGAAAUAGCCAACAUUGCAGUUGAUGAGUUUAAGAGCCAUCAUCUCUCUCGCAAUUAUUCGGGUCUGGUGCAGCGCUACUACCAGCUUGUCGAGGAGGAUUACGGCGAUCCCCGCGCCGAGCGUUUUCCCCUAAUGGAGCAUCCCUUGUUCACAUUCGGUCUGGUCGCCAUUUACCUAUCCUGGGUGCUGGUCCUGGGCCCACUGUUCAUGAGGGAUCGCAAACCAUUCCAGCUGCGACGCACUCUCGUCAUUUAUAAUGCUUUCCAGGUGCUGCUAAGCGGUUAUAUGUUUUAUGAGCACCUAAUGGCAGGUUGGCUGAGCUACUACAAUCUAAAGUGUCAACCGGUUGACUAUUCAGAUGGGCCCAACUCGAAGCGGAUGCUCAACCUGUGCUACAUUUACUAUCUAUCCAAGCUGACCGAGUUCGCCGACACUGUGUUCUUUGUGCUGCGCAAGAAAUCAUCGCAAAUCACGUGGCUGCAUGUCUAUCAUCAUUCGGUGACACCGCUUGAGACCUGGGUGCUGGUCAAAUUCUUGGCAGGCGGCAACGCGACAUUCCCCAAUCUGUUGAACAACUUUGUGCAUGUGUGCAUGUACUUCUACUACAUGAUGUCCGCCAUGGGACCCGAGUAUGCCAAAUUCUUGUGGUGGAAGAAAUACAUGACAGAGCUGCAGAUCGCGCAGUUCGUGCUUUGCAUUGUGCACACAACGAGGGCUCUCUUCAGCAAUCAGUGCCAGUUCUCCAAGUUCAUAUCGACGCUGCUGCUGCUGAAUUCAUCCAUAUUCUUCUGCCUCUUCAUGAACUUCUAUAUGCAGAGCUACAGGAAAUCCAAGGCGCAGCAGGAGCAGCAGCAAAAGCUGGCAGCGGCAGCGGCAGCUGAUAACAACAACAAUAACAACUGCAAUGCCAAGGGACUGCAGGAGGAUCUGGCGCUGUCACAUAAGCUGAAGGCGCACUAAAUCUCUACUUCCAUAUCAAUCAAAGAAGAAGACAGACGAUAAAAUACUUCCAAGCGCUGCUCGCGUAUUAAAAUUUGUAUAAUACGAUAGAAAUUGGUGUUGGUUUAAAGCGGACAGAGCAGACGGCUAAGGAAAAUGUGGAAGUAGCUUGGUACAAAGGUUUUAAUGUAAUUAAAAUGGGCAGCCAUACAUGAUUAGCUAGAACUGCACAAAAAAAUGCAACAAAGCACUCAAGCCUGAGCCUAGCACGCAAAAGGGUUAACGUUUUGUAAAUGUAAAGUUUAUAUUUUUGACCAUAUAUAUAAUUUUAGCUUGAUUGCUUGUCAUUGAAUUUUGCUCUAGAAGAACUGGGUCAAUUUUUACGAUCUUAAGACUAAGUGUAAGUCAUUUAAUUAUAGAACCUCGAAGAUGCGCCUUAUAUAUUUAAGUUGCUCGUGUGGCAAUGCUAGCCAUUAAGUGUUAAUUAUAAUGUGUAAAGAGAUGAGUUUUGUAAAUAGAUUUCGUAUGUGUUAAAUGUUAAAUAUUUGUAGCCACUAAGCAUAGCCUAAGUCAACUAGUCUUAGUUACAAAAUGCGAACGAACAAACAGAGCAAUAAUAAAAGUUAAGACAAAUAUAAAACUA